AUGACUAACACCUUCAAUGAGUUUCCUAAUUUCUUCAAAGUCUUCCUUCCAGAAAAACACUCUGACAGAAUGCUUAUCCCAGUUGCUUUUGUGAAGCUGAUGAUUUCAAAACAAAAGGUAUUGAAAAUUUAUAUCUUCAGAGAUCAAAGAGGAAGAGAUUGGAAAGUCAAAGCACGUCCUAUUGACGGCAAGCUUUAUUUUGAUGAUGGUUGGAAGCAAUUCAAAGAUGAAAAUUCUUUAGAGCAGAACGACUUCAUUGUUUUCACACAUAUUGAAAACAAUGUGUUUAAGAUUAAAAUUCUUGAACUGUCGUCUAGGUGUGAAAAGAUGAAGGUAAUGGAUGAAGAGGAAAAGAAUGACGAUGAUGAUGAUGAUGGUAGUGAUGACGAGGAUUAUAAUGUUGUUGAUGAUGAUGUUGAUGAUGAUGAUGAUGAUGAUGAUGAUGAUUUUAGUGAUGAUGACGAUGAUGAUGAAGUUAGUAGAAAUAAAUAUCAACAUUGUAGAACCUGCAAAGCAUGUGGCAUCGGGAGCAACUCUAUGGUUCGAAAACUUGAAACAGAUGAAAUUGAUGCUGAAAUGUAUAUUCAGCCUGGAAAUCCCUAUUUUUUUGCGAAAUACUAUCAUUACAGACCCAAUGAAUUGCAUAUACCAAAAAAAGUUAUUAAGGAUUUCUGCCUCUGCUUCACAAAACAUGUCAACCUUAUAUGUUGCAACUGCAAGGAUAUUGAGAACAAUGAAAUAGCAUCUUAUCAUGAGAAGAUGCCCGAAAUGACCACAAAACAUAGCAAAAAGAGAGGAGAAAUACGUACAUGGAAAAAUGGCCGAGUGUUUGUGCUGGGGUGGGAAAAUUUUUGGGCCAAGUACAAGAUUAAAGAAAGUGAUAGCUGCUUGUGUGAAAUUGUGUUGCAUCAAGAGAAAGCAAUAGAAAUGAUAAGGGUGCACCUUGUUAGGAAGGUUAGGAAUGAAUGA